CCACAGUAAGCCUAGCACGUUUGUUCUACUCGACUAUUGGUCUCGGCGGCUUUCUUUGCAACCAUGCCAGAUUCCGGAUCCGCAUCUGAGGAUUCCCGCGCGAACCCAAUCCGAUUUGACACGCCAGGCUAUCCCGACCUUGAGACGAAUCAUUUUGAACUGCGAAAUGUCGAGGAUGACUCAGUCAUUAUGGUUCCAUCAUGUUACCAGAAUGAUUGGAGUGAUACCGAUGACUGCCCAUGGAAAGAAAGUGUCGAUGCUCGGCGGUGUUGGAAAGUGCCGCAUGCGUACGAAAUUCUCGGCGCGCCACAUCCAAGAAUAGUUCGCUUCAAAGGGAGUGAUGAGCAGACUAAACUGCCAUUAUUUGCGAAACCCUCAGGCCCUGGACUUUCUUUCCUCCUACUCCACCAUCACGAGUUAAUCUAUGCACCUCCCCUAGACACGACAGGUUGUCGCCCUCGGCCAGAGUUUUUGCCCCUCAUCUAUCAGUGGAGUUUGCAUGCCCUGACAGCCCUGUCUUUUUGUCACUCCCGAGAUCUCCUCCUAGGUUUUUUCGACAUCAACAACUUCUGGUUGUCCAGACCAGAUCUCUCCUUGUCGUUUGUGGGCUUUACCUCAGCUACGUUUGUCGAUGGUCCAUGUGGAAGGCGUCACAGCAACUAUAGUGGCUUCUUUCCCUUCCAUCCUCUUCAGCCAGAUGGAUUGAACAGCGACGAGAUCGAACCUACGGUUAACACGGACCUGGUUACAUAUGGUGUUCUCCUAUAUCAACUAAUGACGACCUUCUGGCCUGGAGAAGGCUUGAACAUAGGACCAGAGGUUGUGGAUCUGAUUAAAACGAGAAGUCAAUGGCCUCGCCUUGAGAAUAAAUGCCUUGGCCAGGUGGUUAUAAAAUGCUGGGCCGGAGAGUAUAAGGAUACACAAGAGCUAAAGGCCAGCUUAGCGGAAGUGUUGUCCACAGAGGGGUGGGAGAUUGAAGGCGACGAUACUCUCAGAGGGUUUAGCGCAACGGGGCUCAUUCCAUUCAAAGAGGUUUACGGGCGCUAUAUAGAUCUAUAA